AUGUCUACCGCUGAGACGGGAGGCGCAGAGCCGAACGGCAGUGAACCUAUCCAUGCCACAGCCGGCGAGAUAGAGACCGGUGAAAAUGCGCCAGGUUCAGAGGCUGCUGAGACAGGAUUGAGCGUCGAUGAUAUUUUACUACCGCGAAGUGUUAUUAUGCGGCUAGCAAAGGACAUGCUGCCUCCCGGGACCGGUGUUCAGCGCGACGCGGUCACAGCCAUAUUAAAGGCUGCCACAGUAUUUGUUUCGUACAUAUCUUCACAUGCAAACGACAUGACAGAUAAGAAAACAUUAACACCGCAAGACGUGCUUGCAGCCCUUACAGAAGUAGAACUUGGUGAUUUCCGACCACACCUGGAGAAACAGCUAAAAGCAUACACGGCCAUUAUGGAAAACAAACGUGAGUCUAAGAAGAAAGGAAAAUCGGGCAAAGAGGGCAACGGUGGAAUUGAUGACGCGCCGGGAUCCAAACGGUUAAAGCGAGAUAACUACGACCAAGAGAAGGAUGUAUCCGGGGCUACGACCGGUAAUGAAACCCAAGAACCAAGCAGCAAGGGCCAGCGGGAGUCUCUACAAGGUGCCGACAGGGGCGAACUUGGUGAAGACGACGACGACGAUACAGAGGCCAUGGAGGAUGCCAACUUAAGCAACGAGGAGGAGGACGAGGAGGAGGAGCCGGCCGAAGACGACGCAGAGUCCCACGGAGAGCAAGAUGAUAUGGAUAAGAUAGAAGACAGCGAUACGGGCCACCGAAGAAGAGCAGCAGCAGCAGCAGACUCUGGCUCCGGCAGCGACAGCGAUUGA